AGCUGAACCAUGGCCAACAUUCAGAUCAGAAAGUACCAGGAUGAUGAUGCUGAGAGCGUGAAAGAGAUCUUCACCAUGGGGAUGAAUGAACACAUACCAUCAACCUUCAUGCACAUCCUGAAGCAGCCGCUGACCCAGAUGGUGCUCAUGUGCACGUUCUGUGCUCUCCUGACCAGUUCCAUGUCUCUCCUGCUGCCCAUCCUGGCAGUCACCCUCCUCCUGGCCGGAGUCCGGCACAUAGCCGUCUUUCUGUUUACCAAAUACAUAGAAGAAUCCUUGAAGAACGACCUCAGCAACAUCAGUGAGACUUACCUGACAAAGAAGGACUCGUGUUUUUGGGUAGCUGAGAGUGAUGGUCUUGUGGUCGGGACAGUGGCUUGUCUUCACAGUGAAAAUGCACCUGAGUGCCUGGAACUGAAACGCAUGUCGGUGCGCCACAGUCAUCGUGGGAGGGGCAUCGCUAAGGCUUUGUGUCGGACAGUGGCACAUUUUACUCGUGACAGGGGUUAUGCUGCUGUCAUCCUCCAGACCUCUGUGGUGCAGAUUGAUGCUCAGAAACUGUACGAGCACAUGGGUUACAAGAAGAUAAGACAGUUUCUUAUACCUGAGUUUUUUUAUAAAAUUGUCAACUUCACUAUAAUUGAGUAUAAACUUGAUUUACAGCAAGUCGACAACAAAGAAGACUGAACCCUAAACUGACCUGUAUCUUAAAGCGAUCACAUUCUCAGUGCAAGACUGAACAAAAAGUACAGGAGAUCAUUUUUCUACUUUAAUUUUGAGUAAUCCGAUUAUAUGAUUUUCACUUAAAUA